GGCUGAUGUUGGCAUAAUGCGCAGCUGAAGAAUUGAGGAUCAUUUAGCGAUAACAGCACCUAUGUAAGUACCUAGUAGGUAUCGCGUUUCCCGAAUCAGGUAUGUUGCUGCGAUCUCCUCCCUUGGUGCAGCAAGAAUGACUGAGAAUGCGACCGUCGGUCCACCUUAACGCAUUGGUAUAAAACGCACUUCCAUUCUCCAGACCGCGCAGUAUAACCCUUUUCGUAUACAAGAUUCUACAUCAACUUAAUGCGCGUCAACCAUGGUGGGUGUUCCCAGAUCGAAGCGAUGCGAUCGCUGCAAGCGUAUCAAAGUCAAGUGUGAUGAGACUUGGCCAACAUGUACGCCUUGUCUGCGAGCCAAGGUCCCCUGCUCCGGUCCCCCAAACCUGACUAAGUUCAUCAACAAUGGCCGUCACACUCCUGUCGCCGAGGAAUCAACCGAGUUAGGGGUUAUGGUGCAGUUUGUGGCAUCGGGGAGAGGAGUAAAAAACUUAAAGAGUAUACGACAGCAGGCUUUACCGAAUGGUGCUCAAUUGGGCCAUUAUCGCCUAUCGGCAGAUGAGCCACGAAAAGCUUUAACAACAGUAGCCGAUCGUGUAGCAUCUCGUUUCGUCGGAUACCUUGCCCAUGAAAGUUCUGUGUGGGAUAUGUUGGCUUCAGCUGGUUACAAUAAACAUCUCCCGGUCAGAUUAAGCGAGAGCGCUGCAUUGAGGGAUAGUGUAGCCCUUAUGUGUUCUACCUGGACCAACUACCGUCGGAACGUACCACCAGACCAAAUAAUUGACACCAACCUUUACGGAAAGGCCUUACGAAGCCUGCAGCGUUCCCUCAGUGACCACCAAUUACAGCUGCGCUGUGAAACGCUUGCAGCAGCAACUCUUCUAGAACGGCUUGAGCUUAUAUUCGAUACCCAUCGUCCAUUCCAUCGAACGCGUCACUCGUUCGGAAUAAGCAGUCUCUUGCUAACCCGAGGACCACCAAACCCUAAUGAUGAACUCGACAUGCAGUUAGCACUUGAAAAUCACGCUUCGAUGAUAUCCCAUUGGCUUGUUCAUGGUGGCGAGAACUUCUAUCUCACACCUCCAUGGGCUUCAGUAAUUCAACCAAUGAAGUCCAAAUUACAGGAAUCCGUCCCAGCAGAACGGUUGCCUUCUUACACACUAGGUUACUAUUAUGGAUUUUGGCCUGGCUUGGUUCAUGAAUUUCGACGCAUCAUUAAACAACCCGAUGAAUUCUUGAAACGGGAGUUGGCGAUAGAUUUCCGAGAUCGGGUUGCGACCAUGGAGUUGAAAGUUAAGGACAUAGGCGAAUCCCUGAUCGAGAGAGCUCUCCUUACCGGUCGAAUGGCCGCGCGACUUGACCCUGAAACUCCUAUUGGCGGGAAGUUCCACUUCGAAAGCCUAGACUUACUGUCGUCUGUUAUGUCAUAUGGGAUGAUUCGUACUGUCCUAAACCGAUUAUAUUAUCACAUAACCGAUCUCCUAGGAGAGCCUGACGUCUUCCUAGAAUUAGAACACCAAAGUGUUUGCAGAUCAACCUGGAUGUGCAUACCGUUUAUUAGGGGCUUAGGCAUGGUACCUUCGGCCAUGUUCACUUCGUCAAUAUUCCUGUCGUGCGAGGGCGCAGAUGAAGUUGAGAUGGAGUAUCUCCUAAAGACUAUACUUGAAAUGACCACGUAUAGUGGGAGAUAUCCUAAAGACAAGCCAUCAAUGAAGCGCGUCAUCCUCAACACAGCAAAAGCUUUGACAGGGCGUGGUGAUUUCGCCCCCUCCAUCCAAGCCGCAUCUGAGGACCAACAGGAUGAAGGGUCAUGAGAUUCGUAAACAGAAAAUACAACUUUUACUAAAAACCAGCAUGUAACACAAUUACUCAUCGGGAAAGUAGUAGCAGAUAAUGCUUCAAAGGGGCUUAGUAGGUACCUAUCACUCAGUUUUAUCAUCCACCACUCACAGGAAUACACAAAGAAUUCACUGCAUACUUGGAACCAUUAUUCUCAAACAAAUGGAUAAUUCAGCACAUUAACC